AUGGCCCCAUACAUAGCUAAGCACUGGAAAAGCUUUGUUUCUAUAGUGAAGAAACUAUUGACAGGGGAUUUGAUGGUGUCCUGGGCAGCUUGCACACCUCGGCUGAUUUCAUGGGAUACCUGCCACCUCGCACCAAAGGUACCAGGAAUUAUGUCUCCCUUACAUGUCAGUCUUAUAAAUUUUCCCUUAUGGUAUCUUAACAACAAUUGCUUGGGUAUUAUUGGUAAAGAAGUGUUUAGAGCUGCUACAAAAGGGAAACUUAGAAUGUCGUUUCAUUGUGUUGCAGUUCCUAUGCUGAAGAAAAUCUUUCUAGAGUACAAACACCCUUUUGCUGUUACAUAUCUGGGGAUCUCUCUUAUGGCAAUCUUCCUGCCUAUAGCAGUUUGUAAAGACCGGUUACACAGUUUAUUGGAGAAGAGUUCCUUGAAGAAACUGUACACUGAAAAUCUUCUCCUCGACUCCUCAGUUCUAGAUGUGCCACUUAAACUCAAUGACAUGCACAAUCAUCCUGAAGGUGAUUUGGAGGAUUAUUUUGUAGAAGACAUGGAUUACAGCGACCCGGAAGAAGGCUUUCCAUUGGUUGAUAUCAACCAUAAAGAUGAGUUCCACUUUCUUAAAGAGGGCUAUGAAUGUAACUCAUGGGACCUUGUCAAAUGUAGCGUGUAUCUUGCUCCCAUAUGGUUUGCAACAGAGUAUUUUUCCAACUCUGCACUGGCGAAUACGAGUGUGGCUAGUACUACUAUUUUGACCUCUACAUCAGGCCUUUUUACGCUUCUUUUUGGAGCACUUCUUGGCCAGGAUUCAAUAAAUAUUGCAAAGACAAUUGCUGUUAUAGUUAGUAUGAGUGGUGUAGCGCUGACUACAGUUGGAAAAACAUGGGCUCCAGAUGAAAUGCUGAGUGUAUCUGUGACUGCUAAGCAUUCCAUUAUUGGUGAUGUUUUUGGUCUUCUUUCAGCAGUGUGUUAUGGUCUAUUCACAGUACUCCUCAAGAAAUCUGCUGGAUCAGGAGAAAAGGCAGAUAUGGAGAGGUUCUUUGGUUAUCUCGGCAUAUUCACUUUGUUUGGCCUUUGGUGGCUUGUGUGGCCAUUAAAUGCUGUUGGGUUGGAACCUAAAUUUGAUCUCCCAAGCUCAGCUUCUAUUGCCGAGACACUGCUUCUGAAUGGAUUUAUUGGGAGUGUUCUCUGUGACUACUUAUGGGCUCUUUCAGUAGUAUGGACAACACCAUUAGUUGCGACACUGGGCAUGUCGUUGACCAUACCCCUUGCUAUGAUCGCUGACAUGCUAGUUCAUGGCCGUCGUUACUCAGUAGUGUAUAUUCUUGGAUGCAUUCAGGUCUUCGCUGGAUUUGUUAUAGCUAACCUAUCUGACAAGUUUUCAUGCUGAAGAAGAUAACCCCCCAUGGCUACUCAGAUUCGAUGUGGAGAGCAUUUUUAGUCCCAAGUAUGUAAGGUAGAAAUUUAUUUUUUCUGCCCCUGAAGAACAAGAUAUGUAUUUCUAAUACUAUGGUCAAAUUGUAAUAAGGUCAUUUCAAUUUUCAAACUGUAUAUAGUUUGUUAUGUUUUGCAAAGGUAUUCCUUCUCCAUGAAAGUAUUUCUUGAAUUUCUUGCCA